CCAAUGGAAUCUUCCCAACGCUGACUUCCUUGUUGAAGGGGCGGAGCGAAAGAAGGAACACCGAGGGGAUCGGCUAGGGGGAUUGCCGGGCACUCUCGGGGCGUAAACGAGGCGGCGUAAGCGAUGGUUUACAUUUCGAAUGGACAAGUUUUGGAUAACCGGAGUCGGGCUCCAUGGAGUUUGUCAUCUAUAACUGACUUCUUCUGGGGAAUAGCAGAUUUCAUAGUAAUGUUUUUUCAGAGCAUUGUUCACCCAGAUUUGAGGAGAGGCUACGCAUCUUCUUCUUCUUCAAGAUAUGACGAUGGAAGAGGACCUCCAGGAUUUCCUCGUCGUAGAAUGGGUCGAAUAACCCACUUUGGAGGUCCAAGUCCCCCACCAAUGGCUGGUGGUGGAUGAGGAAGGUAAACGCCUGCUUUAAGAAGCAGGCGUCAGACUACAUAUUUGCAUGACUAAAAGAACCUGAUCAAGAAUGCAGCAAAGGGAUCUGAAGGUUGCAAAUAUAUUGUCUAAAUGAUUUGACUGCUCUGUGAAUCAGCAGAACAAUGAAGUUGUACUGGGAAUUCCAUUUUCUAGGAUCCAGUGUAACUGAAGUGCAGUUCUAUUAAAUGCACCUGUUUACUGUCUGUUUUAAGCCUUUUGUAUAGCUGUUGGAUAUUUUGUGCUAGUUGUAAAGUUAUGGAAAUAUAUAACUUUGCAAAAUACUGAGUUGGGAUCAUUUAAUUGUAAUCAAUAUUUUAGAAUGGACAAAUUGUGCACAUGAAGAUUUAAAAAAGCACAAUCUCAGAAUAUGUAUGUUAAGAUCAGGAAGAAACUGCUACAAACUUAAGCUACUUCUAACAUCCCACUAGAUCUAUAUACCUUAAAAUGCUUUUGGUGAGAUUAUUACAUGUUCAAAUUCUUUUCUUUUUAUUCUAAUUUUAGCAUAUACACAUUCAUACAAAUCUUGGUUAUCUCAGUUAUGUUUUGAAGGAAAAUGGUGUCUUGUGUUUUGAACACUAAUUGAUUAUGGGUUAAAGUCAGCAGACCAUCUGUGGACAUCUAGCUGUUUGAAAACUAUAAUUCCCAUUUUUCCCCCAUUAUCUACACCUAUUAUCUGUGUUACUUAAAAUUUAUGAUCUGUUUCAUUUUGACCUCUUCUUUGCCAUUUUAAAUCCCAGAUAAAAAAUAUGACCUUAUUUCAGUUUAUGUUAAUAAAUAUAUAAAUAAAAGUGCAUUGAUCAUGAUUGCUAAAUCCUCACACUAAAUCCUGGUAACUAUUCAUUUGCAAAACUUAAUGCUCUCCAAGAGUUUUAGACUAACUCAGUUUCCCUUAAGUUUCAUUCUGUUUAUGUAUGGGAGUCCAAUUCAUCUAUAAGUACCAUUACAGAGGAAGCUCUAAUGAGUUUUCUGGGACAAUUUAAUACAAUUUCAUACUGGAAUCUCCCUUCUAAAAAAAAUUAUUUCUUAAGUUUCUUUAACAGAUUAGUAUAUUCUGUGUAUUUUUCUGCCAGCUGUACAUUGCUCUUUUUUAUGCUGAAUAUUGUAUGUGACUUGAGUGUUUGGAAGUUGACUGGAUCUAUAGAAAAGGAUGCUGCUGGCAAGUGAUGGCAUAUUGCAUUAGGAUUAGCUCUAUUUAAAAGUGGAUAUAAAACUGGUUUUAAAAGGGACCAUUACAGGGGCUGGAUAAAACAUUUAAAGAGUGCUUUGCAAAAUAUAGUAGCAAAAGUAAGGCUCUCCCCCGCUUCUGAAUUACUAAAGUUGUACAUCCUUGAGAUAGCUGUUCCAAAGACUGCCUCUGGCUGUUUGCACAUGUGGGUGCAGGUACAGCUGUGCCAGCAGUUCCCUGUGGAAAUGUCUGCAUACAAAUACACAGCUGGUCAACAAAGGAAGGAAAGCAGCUUUCCAAAGGAGACAGCUACUUUUCUGCUUUUGAGGAAAUAAGCUUUGCUGGUGUUAGUGCAUUUGUAAAACUCUUCUUUCAUAUGUGCUGUACAGCUUUAGGAAACUUUAAUAAACUUCA